CACAGACAAAUUGAAGAACACGAAGGAAAGCCCUAGCAAAUUCCCAGUGAUUUACGGUGACAAAAAUUACAAUCGUGAUACGAAAUAGGAAGAGAAAUGGGUUCUUCCGAUGUGAAACGAAACGUUGUCUUAGCUCUCUGCAAAUAUCUCUCUCUGGAUUCGAAAUCGUUUACAAGUGAUUUGGGCAGCGAUUUUAAGAGCCUCUGCACAAGCAUUCUGAAGUCGUCCACGAAAGGGGAUGAACUUCUCAACAAUAGCGAGCUGCCAGAAUGGAUUGGAUAUGUGGAGAGCUUUCUGGAAAGUUCCAAUCGUCUUAACGAGUUAAAUGGAGCUUUGGCCACAAUGUCUGUUGUGAUGGGCAAUGGAUUGAAGCCUACAGCUGCUGAUGUUAUCGUCUUUGCAGCUGUGCAUUCUCAUUUGAUUGGUCUCUCAGAAUCGGAUAGAGCCAAGUUUCCGCACUUGUUAAGGUGGGCUGAUUACAUUCAGACCAAGGAAGAAUUCGGGAAUCUGUUUGAAAAAAUUUUGCUCGAGAAAGUUCCAUUUGUGCCGCCAGUGCCAAAACCAGCCACGAAGGUUGACGAUUCCAAGGCAAAAAAAGCCGCCCAAGAGACCAAACCAGCUGAUAAAUCUGAGCCGCACUCAAAAGCAAAGAAGAGUGCCGAUGCUAAAAAGAAUCCGGAAGGAGCUACCCAAGAUACAGCAGACAAGAAGAAGCCAUCAGAAAAUGUGUCAGACAAAAAAGUCGAAGAACUUAGUGUGAGUCUGCUUAAAAUACAGAUUGGCCAUAUUAUUACAGCGCGGAAACAUCCAUCUGCAGACAGUUUAUUGGUUGAGGAGAUAGAUGUUGGAGAGGCGAAACAUAGGCAAGUUGUUAGCGGCUUAGCUAAGUAUUGCUCACCGGAAGAGUUGACGAACCGUCGUGUAGUACUAAUCACUAAUGUAAAACCUGGAAAGUUGCGGGAUGUGAUGUCCGAGGGAUUGGUUUUGUGUGCUUCGAAUGAAGACCAUACUGUCGUGGAGCCGUUGAUGGCUCCCGAUGGUGCUAAAAUUGGGGAAUGUGUGACCUUUUCUGGACACGAUGGCAAACCCGAGGAUAUCUUGAACCCGAAAAAGAAGCAGUUGGAUAAGAUCACACCGAACCUCUACACCGAUGCCAAGGGCGUAGCGACAUUCAAAGGAAUCCCGUUUAUGACUUGUUCAGGACCGUGCACUUCUUCCAUCCCCAAUGCCAGCAUCAAGUGAUGAAAAUUACCAUUCCCGAGCGCGACUCUUGAAUACGGCGCUCUAUCGAUGUAUCGAUUCGCACCAUCAAUUUUUACAGUGCAAAAACAGCUUCUCCUCUAUUAUAUUUUGUACAACAUUACUCAAUGUUUUUAUUAACAUCCUUCUUAAUGCAAUGAUAGUUUUUAUGGAGAGUUGUUUAAUGAACCGAAAGCUAAGUGUCUUGUUUAGAUUUCUGAGUUAAAUAAAUUGAGGUUUGUGUUUGAUUUGAA